UGAGGCGGCUUCUCUGUUGCAAGACCCUCACAGUAAACAACUAAGUCCAUGUUCUCCUGGCUAUCAGGCAACAAGAAACAAUGCAAUGUGGCAGACAUCUAUAAUAAUGUCAUCGAUGGCCUCAAGCAAACGUACCGAAAGAAGCUCCUCCCACUAGAGCAAACGUACCUCUUUGAAGAUUUUCACUCACCAUACAUGAACGAUGGAGACUUCAAUGCCAAACCAAUGGUACUACUAAUCGGUCAAUAUUCUACUGGAAAAACCACUUUUAUUCGUUACCUGUUAAAAAAGGAUUUCCCCGGCAUUAGGAUUGGACCUGAACCCACUACUGAUCGCUUCAUGGCCAUCAUGCACGGGCCUAAUGAGCAAGUUACUCCUGGAAAUGCUUUAGCUGUCGACCCAACACGACAGUUCGGUGCCUUGCAGUCGUUUGGAAACGCUUUUUUGAGCCGAUUCGAGGGUUCGUUUUUGCCGAGUCCAGUCUUCGAGAGUAUAACCCUCAUUGACACCCCGGGAAUAUUAUCAGGAGAGAAACAACGAUUACAUCGUGGGUACGAUUUUGAGGGUGUGCUGGGCUGGUUUGCAGAUCGGGCUGAUAUGAUUAUUCUCCUCUUUGACGCACACAAGUUAGACAUCUCUGACGAGUUUCGAACAGUCAUCAAUAUCAUCAAGAAGAACCAAACCAAGAUUCGUAUUGUUCUCAAUAAAGCAGAUGUGAUCACCACCCAACAGCUGAUGCGUGUGCACGGUUCUCUAAUGUGGUCGCUAGGAAAAGUGUUGGGCACUCCAGAAGUCACCAGAGUGUACAUUGGUUCUUUCUGGGACCAACCCCUUCAUCACGACGAAAACCAAAAGCUUUUUGAGGACGAACAACUCGAUCUUUUUGCCGAUAUUCAGAGGCUGCCUCGUACAAAUGCUGUGCGGAAACUCAACGAAAUGAUCAAGCGAGCGCGACUGGCAAAGGUUCAAGCAUUCAUCCUCUCUCACUUGAAAGGGGAAAUGCCCUAUCUGUUCGGAAAACAAUCCAAGAAAGAUGCCCUCAUUGAAAGCCUCGACCAAGUGUUCAACACCAUACACAAGUCUCGUAAUAUCCCUGUUGGGGAUUUCCCCUCUGUGAAAGCCAUGAGAGAAAAACUUGAAAAAUACGAUUUCUCUCGAUUUCCGAAACUCCAACCACAUUUACUUGAAAUUGUCGACCAAAUGCUGGCUGUCGAUAUCUCCCAUAUCAUGAAGAUGCUACCAAAAGAAGAAGACAUGACUAAAGACAAACGAAUUCGUGGCGGUGUAUUCAUUGGGCAAAAUGACAAUGAUCCUUUCUCCACUAAGAGUGAUCUCACGAAAGAAGAUCCCGAUAGUGGCUCAUCAUCGUCUCUUGCUGGUAAAAAAAGGACACAUGAAGAGACAUCAUCAGCUCCCAAAAAACCGAAGCCGUUCAAAAGACACUAACACAAAGUCUAACGCUAACAUCAGCCAAAUGGUUACUUCCAAAAGUGACUAUAUAUAUUAUAUUAUAAUAAUGUGCAUGUAUAGUAUAAUUAUUUUUUGUGUACCGCACAAUGUGUAUGUGCAAUAACCGUGCAGUAUUAGCUAGUUCUGCGUGUCUGUCAGUAUAAUAAUUAUAAUAUAU